UAAACCACAUUAUUAUUAUUAUUAUUAUUAUAUAUUCCCCCACAUCUUAGCUUUUUUAUUUUUCCAUCAAUGGACGAUCGUCAAGACCUAAAAGAAAUGCAGCUUUUUUCCGGCACCGCUCCUCCGUCGCUGCCAUGGCGGCCGGAAUCUCCUACGCCGCCAAAAUUCUGGCCGGCGGAUCCCUUCGACGGCGGCGGCCGCCCAUCCUUGGACCUGGACCUGCAGGACCUGGACCUGGAGCUCUCCAUAAGCGUCAAGCCGGCUUCCGACCGGCUUCUGAUACGCCGAUCACUCCGCAAAUUCGGCGGCGGCGGCGGCGGCGACGCCAAGAUGGAGGCGCCGUCGGCGGCGUGCGUGGAGGCGCUGAAGUGGCAGGCGGCGGAGCAGAUUCGGCUGGCGGCGAUCGAGAAGGCGUACGCCGAGCGCGUGCGGGAGCUGACGCGGCGCGAGAUGGGGCUGGCUCAGUCGGAGUUCGCGCGGGCGCGCCACAUGUGGGAGCGGGCGCGGGAGGAAGCCGACCGAGCCGAGCGGAUGAAGGAGCGAGCCGCCGCCUGCAUGGAGAUCACGUGCCAGUCUUGCAGGCAGAAGUUCAGACCGUAACUAGAAUUAUUACCUUGAUUGAAUGUCGAUUAUUAUAUAUUGAAAUACUUCCCUUAACCAUCUAUCCAUUUUUCUUUUAAUUAUUCCCAUAAUAAAGUAUUUAUUUUUUUUUUAAUAAU